AUGUCCACACAAGAGGCAACAUCAACAUUAUCGGCAAUGGAAUCAUUGUCUCGAUACGUCAACAUCUUUAACAAACUUGCCGAUAUUCUUGUUGGAGAGUUUCAAAAUCACCCAUAUCGUUCAUUGAUUGAUGUUUCAAUUAUUGUUUUAAUUGUUUGGUAUUUGAUGAGCAAGAGACGUUCAGCUGUGCCACCACAAAAACUUUCCAAGAAACAAGAAGAUGAAAUUAUUGAAGAUUGGGAACCUGUACCACUUGUUCCAACCUCUGAUGAUAGCAAUGUUGAUGCUACAAUUAAUGCUAUGAAGGAACAUGAAUAUGUCGUCACUUCAGUUGCCGAUGUUGAAUUCACUGUUGAAGGAAAGAAGGACAAGGUUAUUAACUUUGGUACUAAUAACUUUUUGGGUUUUAUUGGUGAUAAGGAUAUUCAUGAAAAGU